CUUUUGGAGAACAGUCAUGUCGACUUUACUGGAUAUCAAAAGCAGCGUGCUGAGGCAGGUCCAGAGGAGCCAGUCUUUUAGGAGGAGGGCUGAUGAGUCAGCCCCAUCUGGGGCAGGAUCCAGUUCCUCUCUGCAAGAAGGUGGGCCGGAAGCAAGUGUGUCCAGGGAGGAAGGCGAUGAAGGUGAUUUCUUUUCCAAGAUGAAAUUGAUUCUGAAGAAGAAAGAAACUAGACAGCGAUUGGGACGGCUGGAGGGGGUCCUACACAGCAGUGCCCCUCCUCCUAGGGAGCCCCUGGGUCCUAGCCAUGCUGCUGAAAGCCUGCCGCCAACCAAGAAGGAGGUGGAAAUGCUCUUUGAGGAAGCCCUGUACACUGUGUGCUACAGAUCAGGGGUGCCGUCCCCGGAGCAUGUGGCCAGUGAAGACAAGCUCUUUGACUAUCUUCAGAAGGUGUUCAGUAUGAGUUCUUCUGAACUGGAGGCAGCCCUGCACCGAGUGAAAGAGGCCAAGCCUCCUACGUACUCUUUGAAAGUCACAGUGGUGAGGGCCAAGAACCUCCUGGCCAAGGAUGCCAAUGGGUUCAGUGACCCGUACUGCAUGCUGGGCAUCCUGAUCGGCCAGAGCCCCCGCGAGCAGGGGGAAAAGAAAGAGCGGAAAUUCAGUUUUCGAAAGAGAAAAGAGAAAGUAGAGAAACGCAACAGCGCUCGAGAUGUUCUCCCGGCCAAGUACAUCCAGGUCACUGAAGUCAAGAACAGCACCCUGAACCCUGUCUGGAACGAGCACUUCUUAUUUGAAAUAGAUGAUGCUGCCAAUGACCAGCUGCAUCUGGACAUAUGGGACCACGAUGAUGACGUCUCUGUGGCGGAGGCCUGCAAAAAACUUAACGAAGUGAUUGGCUUCAAAGGAAUGGGCAGGUAUUUCAAACAGAUUGUCAAAUCAGCCCGGGCUAAUGGGAUGGCGGGAGCCUCAGAAGACAAUGCUGACGAUUUCCUGGGCUGCCUCAACAUCCCCAUUCGAGAGAUUCCUGUGACAGGCUUAGACAAAUGGUUCAGGUUGGAGCCUCGAUCAAGCUCUUCCCGUGUCCAGGGAGACUGCCACCUCAUUCUCAAGCUGAUCACUACACAGAGAGAUACCAGCAUGAGCCGAAGGAUGUCGGGUUUCCAGGUGCAUGGGCUGCUCCUCAGCCAGCUGCUUCAAUUUGAACAUGGCCAGGACCAGCCAGAGGCCUACAGCUGGAAGGGAGAGCUGAGUGGGCCUGCGGUCACUAUUCUUUCCCACCACGGGACCCAGACAGACCUCUCAGCUCUGCAGCUUGCUAUGAUACACUGGCAAGCCAGCAGCCAGCACCAUCAGGCCUGCAGCUUGGACUAUUGCUACCUUCUGGAACUCCUCGGAACCAUUCAGGAACAGUGGGGAGAGGCAGCCGCUGCUCUACCCAGAGACCAGGAGGAGAGCCUGGCCGGCAGCUUCAUCUCCUUCGUGGAGCACGCCCUCCUGCUGCUGAGACAGCUCCGGGAGCUCUUCCCCGUGACCAACAGCAACGCCAUUGGCCGCCUCGAGUUCCUCCUGAGGUGUCUUAGUCAGAUUCACAGCCUCCAGCCCUUUCGCAUGGUCUGCCCAUUCCAGAAUGAGCUACAUGUGGACAUUGCCACAGCCCUGAAGAAAGGAACUCAGGACUGGUACGAAAGACUCCAGAGAAGCUGGAGCCCCCUGGGAAAGCCUGGGCUAGAAUGUCUCCCCGGACUUAUCAGCCUGGCAGAUGCCGUGUACGAUGACUUACAGGCCAGCCACAGCGUCUAUGGGAAGCUUUUUGUCAGCAUUGUGAAGGUUGAUUUGUUCGGCAUCACCUACCGGCAGCUGGAGAAGCUGGUGGCUGAGGAGGUCCAGGCUCCGGUGGAGGAGCUGAGCGCGGGGCCGGAGCCGGGUAGUGCCCCAGGCCUCUUUGAGCUCUACAUCACCCUGGCAGAGAUCCAGCGCCUGAGAACCCACCUCCUUACCAAGGACAGCCCUGCCCUGGCCCUGCCAGGCUUCCACAUUCAGUUCCUCCCAGCUAUCCGCCUGUGGCUGCAGACCCUUAGGGAUAAGACUCGUCAGCGACUCCAGAAAGCUGUAGAUGUGGACAAGCUGGAGCCCGUGGACGCCACUUCCAAACACAGCAGCUCAGCCGCCGACGCCAGCCUCUGCUUCUCCCAGACCCAGGAGCUCUGGGCCCAGCUGGCCUGGCCGGAACCAGCCGAGGCCCUGGACUUAGUGACUCAGCUCGCGGAGGAUAUCUGUGAGGCUGCUCUAUACUACCCAGAGCUGGUGCGGAAGAAGGUGGACACCCGGCCCCUGGCCCUGGGGGAAGCAGUGAGUGAGCCGCUUUGCAUUGCCCUGAACAAUGUGGAACACGUACGAAAAGCCACAGGACAAGUACUUCGGGGGCUGGAGUGGCCCGAGCCAGGUGGGGGAUCCCCGGGGGGCCUCCCCAGAGCCCUGAAGAACCGACUGCUGGCCAUGGAUGAGGACCUUCAGAGAGAGGCCCGGAACAUGAUUGCGCACCUGACGGCCAAGAUGGUCGGAGACAUUAAGAAGUAUGUUCAACAUAUCAGUUUGUCGCCAGACUCGAUCCAGAAUGAAGAGGCUAUAGCCCCUCUCAUGAAAUAUCUGGAUGACAAGCUGAUUCUUCUCAGUGACUCCCUGGUGAAGGAAAACCUCUGCCGGGUGCUGGAAGCUCUCUGGGAUCUGCUGCUUCAGGUCAUUCUUCAGGUUCUGGGGGCCAACAGAGAUGUCUCUGCCGAGUUUUACAGAAGGUUUUACUAUACAUUGGAGGCCUUAGUGGAUUUUUUCCAUGCAGAAGGGCAAGGAUUGCCCCUGGAGAGUCUGAGGGAUGGACACUACAAGACCUUGGAGGAGGAAUUACGCCUGAAUAAAUGCUCCACCAGUGAGUGCAUUGAGCAGUAUUACUUGGACAAGCUCAAACAGGGUGGGGGGACGACUCUCUCCCAGAGAUCAAUGGAGCAGAAUAAGUACGGACGGUUGAGUGUCAGGUGUUACUACGAGGCAGCAGAACAGCGGCUGGCUGUGGAGGUGCUGCAUGCUGCAGACUUAAUUGCCCUGGAUGCCAAUGGCCUGAGUGAUCCCUUUGUCAUUGUUGAGCUCUGUCCCCACCACAUUUUUCCACUGGCCCGAAGCCAGAGGACCCAGGUCAAGACCAAGACCCUACACCCUGUGUAUGAUGAGCUGUUUCACUUCUCAGUCCCUGCAGAGCUGUGCCGACAUCGGGCGGCCUGCGUAGUCUUCACCGUCAUGGACCAUGACUGGCUGUCCACCAAUGACUUUGCUGGGGAGGCUGCCUUGGCCCUGAGCAACAUCAGUGGCCUUAGCAGACCCCAGGUGGGAAGCAGUGUGAGAAGCAUGCAGCCAACAACUCUUCACCUCCGCAGGCCCAAAGCCAAUGUGAAAUCAGCACUGAGGAUGCUGGAGGGAAGGAUGGACAGAGAAGCACAGGAGUUUGUGAAGAAACUCAAAGAGAUGGAGAAGAGCAUGGGAGACGAUUAAGCAGUUUUUCUCUGGAUGGUGCUUCACUCACGCACCCCCUUUCCUUAUUUCCUUCCCACCCCAUACCUCCAUCUCUGGCUACAAUUAUCUACAUCAAGGUGUCCGGGUCCAUUUGGUCUUUUCAUCUGAAAUUCCUGGUCAAUUCCUUCUGGUGUAACCUCAGUGGUCAUCGUGGAAGUCUUACAGGCUCAGCGUUUGUGAUGUUUUUCCUUGUUCAGUGUUGUGUGUGCCUCAGUCAGGCACAAUAGCUUUUAUCUGUUCCUGGGUCAGCUUUGGUUUGAUGCCUUUUCUGUGACUAUUCCCAGGGCCACUGAGGCCCAAGUCUCUACUUGUCAGUGACAGCUAUUGCCCCUAUCUUACCCUCUGCUUGGAGACCCCAAAGUGCAACCCAAAUGACCCAUUCAGGCAACUGCUAAAGCACUCAACGCAGAUUGAUUGAGGAGGCUUCAAGGUAAACAGAUGGUAAGGGCUGGGAACCAAGGAGGUGGAACAGGGGUAAAUUCUCUACCUGUUUUACUUAGCUCUGCAGCGCUGUGAUGAGCCCAGAGGAUAGCUCCCACUGACCAAUUACUCCCCAGCUUGAGCCAACCUCUACCCUAAUCCUAGACAACUUUCUUCAAAGAAAUUCAAGUCUGUCAAAUUCAGUAGCCAAUUUGUAUCACAGGGCCAGAAGAUUGUUAUCAGAUCUCAAAUAGGUUAACCCAGCAGAAUGAAAUUAUUGUAUAUAAUCUGCUGUGAUCUUAUCUAGGAAGCUCUACUGCCAGGGCCAAUACCAAGUUCAAUGGCUCUGAAAAGUCACAGAAGACUGGAGCUGGAAGGGCUCUUGAGAUCACUUAGUACAACCCCAUCAUUUUAUGGAUGAGGAAAUAGAUGUACUGCCUCAAAUUACAUAGUUAAUAAAAGAGCUGGGAUACAUGCUUUUAGGGUGCCUGGUCUUCUCACCAAACUCUUUCAUUCUAGUUCUGAGAAGAGUAAUUUUUCUUUGCAAAAAACUGGUUCCCCAUGACAAAGUUCUUCAUCAUCUCACUGGGCACUUAACAUCAGGGCUGUAUUCCUCACUAUAUUCUCUAGUUGUAUUUUAUAAUCCUGUGGAAAAAAAAAUUAUGCCUGGUGCUGUGAGAGCUCUAAUUUUUCGGCCACAGAAGAUCACCUGCCUCUCUGUUCUUAGCCUAAAGAGCUAGUCUGCAGCUUACAGAUUCAAGAGCAAAGCCCUAUCUUAUAUUCCACUUCCAAGAAUUAACAAUGUAGGGUGCAAAAUUCCCCUGACCCUCUAUGGCUGACCAGCCUUCUGUCCCCAAAACUAGAAAAUUAAAGUUUCAGGAUCCAGGCCUGCUCCCUUCUGUAAGACUGCUAUGCUCUGAGCAAGGAGCAUCACACUAUUAUUCCAUAACAAAGACUCCUAAGGAAAGAGUCAUAAAACUAAACUCACAAUAGGCCCUCUGGGUUUUCAACUUUAUUAUGAUAGCUCAUAGACAAAUCCCUCACUCCCCUAAAAAUCCCCACAACUUCAGCUGGCUUCAGUGAUGGAGAAAAUAUUAAAACAGAUGAAAAUGUCCAGUUCUACAAUUCCUGAAUAGAGUUGGCUAAGUUCACUGAUUCCAAGUUUGAACAAAUGAAUGGGUCUCCAUGGUUUCUAGAUUUGUAAUCCAGGUUUGGCAAAUACAGCUGUAUUGAGCACUA